GCGAAUCGCUCAUUGGGAUGUCUUCAGCUGAGGGGUAAUUCACACUGUCUACGGUCGACAGUUGUCCAUAAAAUAUAACAACUUCCCUCUUCACCCCCCUCACCGAUAAUAUAUCACCUACCGUGAAUUCUUCAAAAUCCCGUCAAUAUGCCCGUCACAGCGAUCGAGUCGUUCGACGACUUCCAGAAAAUCAUCAACGGCAGCCAGCCAGCCGUGAUCAAUUUCUGGCUCGAAUCAAGCGGACCGUGCAAAUUCACCUCCCCCCUUUUCGAGCAAUAUUCCGAGCGCCCGGAGUUCGCCAAGCUCAAAGCCUACAAAGUCGAUGUCGAUGCCCAAGAACAAAUUGCCCAGGAGGUUGGCGUCAGAGCCACGCCGACUUUUAUUGUGUUUAAGGAUGGUGUGAAGGUUGGGGAGUCGGUUGGGGCUGAUAGACAGCAGUUGCAUCAUCUUGUUGAACAGGCUGCUUCUCUAUAAAUACGGGGACGAUAGGAGGAAAUUGAUGAUAAUGAAUUGGUUUCGAAGACUAUUUGAUCACUUUAUGAUAUUAUGGCCAUUGUUUGAGUCUGUAUUAUCUCUGGAAUAGUCUAUCCAGUCAGAUCCCCUCCGGUACUACCAAUCAGGAUAUCUACUCGUCGGAACUCAACCUUACUUCAACAGCCUAGACGACUAUUAUAAUACACUCUAGUUAAUAGAAAGAACCCCGCACUGUAUGAAAUUCACUACAUACAAUGAACCAGGUCUUAAGG